AUGGCUUCGUCCAUGCUCCUUCGCUCAACCCUGCCCAGAACUUUUGCUUCCGCAACUGGACGUAAUGUCUUGCGAUCUUCGUUGCAAGUGAGAGCCGCAAGCUCGACUGCACAAUAUGUGCCAGGUGGACCUAUUAUCAAGGGAACGGUCAACGACCCUACGGAGUUCCCUCCUCCAUCAAAGACACAUGGCUCGUAUCACUGGGCAUUCGAACGACUUCUGGCGGCCUCUCUUGUUCCCAUGACCACAGCCGCCUUUGUGACCUCUGGGUCAUCUUACCCAGUUCUCGACGGAUUGCUGGGUCUCAGCUUAGUUAUGCACUCUCAUAUUGGGUUUGACUCGAUGAUUGUGGACUACGUGCACAAACGCAAAUUCCCCAUCCUUGGCCCCAUCAUGACCUGGACACUGAGAACAGCGACGGUUGGCGUGCUUGUCGGCGUUUAUCAGUUCAAUACAAAUGAUAUUGGCUUGACGGAGCUGAUUGCGAAGGUCUGGACAGCGUAA